AUGCGUGAAUCAAAGCGCCUGAAGCAAUUGGCCGUCGACCAGCCCGACUCUACAGUAACCCAAAAAAAAUGGAAAUUCCAGUGUUUACAUCAAUGAGGUAUGUUUUUUCUUAUAGAUUGGUUUUGUUUUUAGAUAUUACAUAGAAUCGCAUGUGGGCUUUCAAAUUCCGUUGAAAAAUCGAAAAUUGGUCGCGUACUUUUUGAGAAAAUUGGGUUCAAAAUUAGGGUCCUAAAGGCAAAAAAUUCGAAAUUUUGAAUUUUAAGGGUCUUUGCGCUUUCAGAACGUUCUAACUGACAUCACAAAUGCUUCUGUGACUCCAAGAAGGACUCCUACGUCUCGAUUGAAUCUUCAACGUGAACGGGCGGCCGUAGCAACUGCCUCAGGGAAAAAAGUUCGGGAGCUCACAGAAGAAGUGGAAAUUUCUUCUGCGGAAUUCCAGAAUUAUUUUUCUGCGGCGAGAAGAGGAAAAGAGAAAAUGCAGGCGUUGGAAGCCAUUUUAUACGAUGAAACGUGUCUGCCGCGGGCUGAAUUAACGCGCUGCAGUGAUUGGCCGUCAUAA